CCAUCGCUUCUUUAAGAAGGUAGAGAGAGAGAAUCAUAGUGUAGAGAGAGAGAGAGCGACAGCGAGCUUCGAAAUUUCCAAAAUUUACCACGAUUUUGUAAAUUUUCAUCGCGACUUCAGCUGGAAUCCGUGAGAGAUCACGGGCUCUGGCUCUUUCACCGCGAAAUUGAGGUCGGAUCCCAUCUCUCUCGAGAUCUGAAGAAAAGCUUAGCUGAUUCUUGAGGAAGAUCAUGUGUCACCUGUUCAAUGUUAGGAGUAAAUAAUAUAUCAAGAACAAAUGAAGCGAAGGAUUUCUAGGGUUAGAUGGAGAGGGAAUCUCUUUCUGUCGAUCUUGCUGAGCUUGUGCGUUGGGAGUUUGUUUUUGAUGCAAAACCAGUACAGCAAGAUAAUGAUGCUCGCCAAACAAACUCCUCAAGAGCAGAAGCCAAAGAUUGCUUUUCUAUUUAUAGCGAGAAACCGGCUUCCUCUGGAUUUUGUCUGGGAUGCCUUCUUUCAGGGAGAUAAGGAGGGUAGGUUUUCGAUAUUUGUCCACUCCCGGCCGGGGUUUCUGUUCAAUAAGGUGAUGACGAGGUCGCCCUUUUUCUAUGGCCGGCAGGUCAACAAUAGUAUACAGGUAGAUUGGGGAGAAUCAACCAUGAUCCAAGCAGAGCGUAUUUUGCUUCAAAAUGCACUCAAAGAUCCUCUCAAUGAGCGAUUUGUAUUUUUGUCUGACAGUUGCAUACCUUUAUACAGUUUCAGCUACAUAUACGAGUACAUAAUGUCGACAUCAACUAGCUUCUUAGAUAGUUUUGCGGAUACAAAAGAGGGCCGCUAUAAUCCGAGGAUGCAUCCGGUUGUUCCUGUAAACAAUUGGCGGAAGGGGUCUCAGUGGGCUGUCUUAACGAGAAAACAUGCUGAGAUAAUGGUGAAUGAUGAUAUUGUCUUCCCGGAAUUCCAGAAGCAUUGCAGAAGGAAGUCAUUACCCGAGUUUUGGAUUAGAUUAAACUUCAUAUGCAUAAAGCAGUUAAUGAAGUCAUGGACCUUAUCUGAUGGGUUUAUUCUGCAAAAAGAUCUUCAAAUAUCAGGUUGCUUUGGAAACAUGUGUGGUUCAUUGAUUGGCCUUGCCAAAUUCAUUUUUAAUACAUUUGACUAUGAAAUUACUCAGUUUCGUGGAAUCAGAGUUUUAUUGAAAUGGUAUUUCAAAGUAUUUUCGUUUAUGCAGCCUGCUGAAGGAUGGAAGGAGCAUAACUGUAUACCUGAUGAGCAUUACGUUCAGACGCUUUUUGCACAAAAGGGACUGGAAGGGGAAAUUACUAGAAGAAGCUUGACGCAUACUGCAUGGGAUCUUUCAUCCUCCAGGGAUCGUGAAAGACGUGGCUGGCAUCCUAUGACGUACAAGCUCUCUGACGCUACUCCGAAGCUUUUAAAAGCUAUAAAGGAUAUAGAUAAUAUCAAUUAUGAGACAGAAUACAGGAAAGAAUGGUGCACCAGCAAGGGGAAGCCAUCCAAGUGCUUUCUCUUUGCCCGAAAGUUCACACGUGCUGCUGCCCUCAAUCUUCUUAACACUUCUGCACUUGUUCUGAGAUGACAUACAGUACAUACAUCUGGUGGUUUUAGCCCAAGGAUGAAUCCGUAAACGAGAUGAAUAUACGAUAACAUAACUUUUAUUCUAUCUGUAUAUUAUGAGUCACUUGUAAGCAAAUACUAUGGACAUAAAUAUAUUCUGCAGUUAGAUUUUGGUUCCU